GCUUUUAACACCGAAGCGAAAAAAUAACUCGAGAGAAAAGACUUGGAGAGGCGAAAAACCCUAGUCCCUAGUCGGAGAUCGGUGAGAGCGACCAUGGCGGCGGCGGUGAAGGCGGCGAUGGAGAAGAUCAGGGCGUUCUGGGACUCGCAAUACCACAACGAGCAGAACUGGGCGGUCAACUAUAGGGUGCUAAAGGCUGCAGGUUUAUUUGCUGGAUCCAUCAUACUGAUGCAGAACUUUGGUGAUAGUAUGGCCGUGUAAAGAGGACUUGAUAGGACAGUAAUGGUCAUCCAGUGGGGCUGUGUUCGUUUUCAAAAGAAACAUUAUGGUCAUCAGACAUGUUCUUAGUGCUGAUUAAGGAGCGAAACUGUUCAUCUGAGAUAGUUUUCUUGGCAAACGAUGGAAGCCAAAGUAGCAUUACCUUAUUAGAUUAGAUAUAUUAGCCUGUUUGAAUUAUGAUUUUUGGAGAACUCCUUUUGUUAUGUCUUUUGAAUUCUCUAUCCUCCAAUUUAUGUAGUGAAUUAAUCCCAGAGUUGUUGCGCGAUAAAUUCAAUAAUAAUAAUAUCUCCCAUUAACAAAACAAA